GGGGCGCCAUCCUAAUCGAUGUCCAUAAUAACCAGCGAUACGAAAAUCACGUCGUACGUUCGGUCGUACUCUUCGCGAUCUCGCGGUGUGUUUGUGCGCGCUCACCGAAUUCGUUUUCGAACAUGCGACACAAAAUAUGAUGACGAUAAGUGUAAAACGCAAAGUUAAUAGUUCAUAAACUAAAUAAAUAACUUAAUAACAAUUUCGUCGGAUUCGUCAGUGUUCAUGCAUAAAAUUUUAUUUUCGCAGAAAAAAAUGUGUGUCUAGGUUUUUGUGCGUUCGUUGUGACACAUUUUAUUAUUGUGUCAAUGUAGUCAAUUUUCUACAAAAUAACAAUAUGAAGAAAGUUUUAUCCUAACGUGUGUACAACUGUUUUUUGCGUCCUGCGCGCGGCAAAAGGAAAAAUGAUGCUCAACAAAGUUCGAUCUAUUGACAUGUUUCCAACGUGCUGGAUUUGCGUGGUGUUAUUAUCCUGUGUAAUCCUUUGCGUGGAUUUAGUGUCAGCGGCCAAUUUAAAAGACGUGCCCAUAGUAAACGUAAAAGUGGUAGCAGGCGAUCCGGUGUAUCUACCCUGUGAUAUUACCUCAUCGGAUCCACAUGACCAAGUAUUACUAGUCCUGUGGUAUCGUGAAGACCUCGGAACACCAAUAUACAGCGUGGACGGACGAGAUCGUGACUUUGGUCAAGCUGAACGCUGGUCCGAUGAAAACGUCUUCGCGAAUCGGGCAUACUUCAUGCCCGAGAAGCAACCCGCCGAAUUGGGAGUGGACCACAUUCGAGAAUCGGACCAAGCGAUGUAUCGGUGUCGCGUCGACUUUAAAGUCGCGCAGACACGCAAUAGCAAAGUCAACCUCACCGUCAUCGUUCCACCUCAAAAGAUCAUCAUUAUGGACGAGUCUGGGUCGCAAUUAACGUCGGUGGUUGGUCCGUUUGCAGAGGGUGCUUCAUUCACGCUACGGUGCGAUGUCUUUGGUGGCAAGCCAAUUCCGCACGUCGCCUGGUACAGGAACGAGAUGGUCGUGACAAACAAGAGCGUCGUGCUGCCGUCCGGAGGCGGCAAGUCGCACGUGCGUUCCGAGCUGCGCGUGGCAGGCCUCGGUAGGCGCGACGUUCACUCGCAGCUCACGUGUCAGGCGUAUAACAAUGACAGGACGCCACCCUUAUCAUCGACCCUACAUCUAGAUAUGAAUUUUGGUCCACUGGAUGUGAAAAUCCUUGGCGCAAAUCAACCCCUUUCGGCAGGCAGACGUUACGACUUGUUGUGUCAAAGUUCAGGCUCGAGGCCGCCGGCCACAAUAACCUGGUGGAAGAACGGUCAGCGCUUGGACAAGACGAAGGAAACGACUUCUAUUGAUGGCAACAUCACCACCAGCACUUUGUCCUUUAUUGCCAGCAAAGAGGACGACGGCAAGUAUCUGUCUUGCCGGGCAGAGAACAAGAUCCUAUCAUCGGAUGGGCUGGAAGAUGGAUGGAAGCUGGAAAUACAUUAUACACCCGAAGCGAAGAUAAUCCUGGGCACUUCGCUCAACCCGGACACCAUCCGCGAGGGCACCGACGUUUACUUCGACUGUAUCAUCAACGCACAUCCUCACGUCUAUAAAGUCGAAUGGCGGCAUAACGGUAAAAUGCUAAAUCACAACAUUGGCGCCGGAGUAAUCAUCAGCAAUCAAAGCCUGGUACUCCAAGGAGUUAGUAGAUCCACUGCAGGGAACUACACGUGUGUUGGAUACAACACUGAAGGAGAUGGCGAAAGCAAUGCUUUUUAUCUCAAUGUGAUGUUUGCACCAUCGUGUAAGGCAAACCAAGUGAGGAUCUACGGUGUGGCGAAACAAGAACGAGCUCAGAUUGCGUGCCAAGUGGACGCGAAUCCACCGGAUGUGGAGUUCCGAUGGACGUUCAACAACUCGGCGGACUCCGUCGACGUGGCGCAAUCGUAUAUCGCACGCAGUGGCACCUCGAGUGUCGUCGCAUACACGCCCAUCACGGAAUUAGAUUAUGGCACUCUGCUCUGCUACGCGUCGAAUCGCAUUGGUCAUCAACGCGUCCCGUGCGUGUUCCAUCUGAUCGCAGCAGGACGUCCAGAUCAGGUACAUAACUGCAGCGUGACCAACAUAUCGAUGACGUCGCUUUCAAUCCGCUGCUCGGAGGGUUUCAACGGUGGACUGCCGCAAUCUUUUCUGCUGGAGAUGAGGGAGAGUCAAAGUCAAGAAAUUAAGAGCAAUCUAUCGUCGCCAGUGGCGAGAUUCUCGGUCAACGGACUAGAGGCGGGCGGUCAAUAUCAAGCGGCUGUGUUCGCGUACAACGCCAAAGGACGCAGCGAGCCGGUGAUAUUGCAAUCGGCCACUUUGAGGCUGCCCGAAAAACAACUGACACCCGAAAAGGUAGAAAGCCACAAGGCCGGAUUCAAGUUUACGCCAAUGAUGAGCGUCCUCAUCGGAAUAGUCUCGGCGUUAUUUAUAGUUUCCCUGGUGGUGGUCCUGGUGCUGCGGUUGCAGUGUACACAAAAUGAAGGCCGCCGGAAGCGACACAAAAACGGUGUGGUAACCAGCGGUAGUGGUGAACACCGUGGUUCAACGAGUGGUCCCACCCUCAGCGACAAAGGAGCGUACUUUCUUGCCGCAGGUGGCAGUCCAAUAUCGAAGCACGACAGCAGCGCGGGCGAGUGCGACAGCGACGAGAAGAAUCCGGACAUCAUACCGCAGCCAGCCGAAGGCGGCGAGGAGGCGCUCGAGUACAGCAGGAAGCGGCAGCAUGUGUCCACCAUCGAGACGUCGCCGAAUCGCAGCCUGCUGCAUCAAGCGGCGCCGGGUAACUCGGGAUAUAUGGGUUACUGCACGCUGCGUAAUGGUAUACCCAUCCAUGAGAUGUCUGCACCACCGCAGCAGAAACUGCAUAAUCCACAAAUAAUGCAGCCGUAUGCAGCAUGCACAUUGCCACGACAGCCGCCGCAAUGGCAAUACGGACCAGUGUCGCACCUACCCCCGGGCGUAUAUCCAACGAUCCAAUACCGCGGUGCGCAUCCAGCGCCGCAGGGACGACCGCGGCCGCCGCCGAGGGACGCGCCGAUCCCGCUGCAGCCGCUCGGCGGCGGCGACGAGGAGCCGUCGGCCGACACGCCGCUAAUGGUCAACAAACGAGAGAGCACAGUCUGACAGGUCACGUCGCUGUAAGGGCAGCCAUCUCAGCACGCUGCCAUUGCCGCCGCCGCCGACGCCGCAGCAACAUCCUUCGCGCCACAUACUUUCUAUCAGUAUUAACUGCCAAAAUUUCACGCCCGGAUGUUUGCAAGCUCAUUACACUUUGCUCAAAACAUACAGAGACAAAAUGGGUGAGGAUACACGGCUAGCAAAUGACUUCAAACUUCAAACAAGAGUCUGACUAAGUUUUAAGAGACAAUGCGAGGUGCACAACACAUCAUGGCGAAUACGCGGCGUUUAGGCAACACACGAAACAGAGAACAUAAACUUAACCAACAAUGUGAGCUUUUUCUGCGAAGAUAUCAAAACCCGGUUUGUGUGUACAUAGCUAAUCUUUUCAUAAUCAAAAAAUGGCGACGAAUAAAAGAAAAUCGUGUAUAUAUUAGACAACAAACCAAUGAAAAUGAAAAGAAAUCUCAUUCUAUUUGAAUUUAAAAAUAAAAAAAUCGUAAAAACUAACAAGUAAGAAAAGAAAAAGAAAACUAAAUGUGAUAAUUUGAAUUCUCCCCAUGUUGUCCUCUCCUUCGACCACCAACUUUCCCAAACCCUGCCAUUUUCACCCUUCACCCACCCCCAAAAACAAAACAAAAUUGUAAAAAUAUUCUCAAAACAUUUCCAUGUUAAUACAAUUUACGAAGAAGCGUGUUAAUGAAUUAAUAUUAGAUUUUUUUAAAUGAAAUAUCGUAAACUAAUAAGUUAUAAGAUUAUAUAAAUAUAUAAAUAUAUAUGAAAGCAACAAGAAUUAUAUCAAUUUAAUAGGAUUAAUUUGUAUAAAGAAAUGUCUCUAUUACUUAAGCAUUGUGUACAUAUUGUAAAUAAUUCUAAGAUAAUUUUUGCCUUUGUAAAUAUUAUACAUACGUAUGUUUACAUUCCGUACUUAAUAUUAAAUGACUAACAUCGAGUGUUCACCUAUAUGUAACGAUAAUAAUAUACAUAACAUUUUUGUAACUAAUCAAACAAACGAAACACAAGAAAGGCGCAACUUGAAAAAACGAAUACACACACGCAGUGCGAAUGAACUAAUUAUGCAUGGACUAUUGACCGUUAUCCAAUCAAAUUCAUCUGUGAGUAAUAAUUUAAAUAUAAAUAUAUAAAUGUAAUUCGAACAUUUAUAUUUAUUUCUUAGCAGAACACGUUUUAUACUUUUCGUUUGUAAUCAU